GCGAGGGGGUGGUUCCCGGGCCUAGCCGCGACACUUCAGUUCUGCUUUCCUAGUCAGCUUCGUCUGGUGGCUGUCGCGGGCUGCAUCCCCUCUGGGACCAGGUCUGUAGUUUGUGUUUGAACAAUAUGGAAGCCGAUCUGUCUGGCUUUAACAUCGAUGCUCCCCGCUGGGACCAGUGCACUUUCCUGGGGCGUGUGAAGCACUUUUUUAACAUCACAGAUCCUCGAACUGUGUUUGUGUCAGAGCAGGAGCUGGACUGGGCCAAGUCGGUGGUGGAGAAGAGCAGGAUGGGACUUGUGACCCCUGGCACUCAGGUGGAGCAGCUCCUGUAUGCUAAGAAGCUUUAUGACUCAGCCUUCCACCCUGACACUGGGGAGAAGAUGAAUGUCAUCGGGCGGAUGUCCUUCCAGGUCCCUGGUGGCAUGAUCAUCACAGGUUUCAUGCUCCAGUUCUACAGGACCAUGCCUGCCGUCGUCUUCUGGCAGUGGGUGAACCAAUCCUUUAAUGCCUUGGUCAACUACACCAACCGGAAUGCAGCGUCCCCCACAUCAGUCAGGCAGAUGGCCCUCUCCUACUUCACAGCUACUUCCACUGCCGUGGCCACUGCAGUGGGCAUGAACUUGUGGACAAAGAGAGCUCCACCCUUGGUGGGCCGAUGGGUGCCUUUUGCUGCUGUAGCUGCUGCUAACUGUGUCAAUAUCCCAAUGAUGCGACAGCAGGAACUCAUCCAGGGCAUCUGUGUGAAGGACAGGAACCAAAAUGAGCUUGGCCAUUCUCGGAGAGCUGCGGCUGUGGGCAUCACACAAGUGGUUAUUUCUCGGAUCACCAUGGCAGCCCCUGGCAUGAUCCUGUUGCCAGUCGUCAUGGAGAGGCUGGAGAGACUACACCUGAUGAAGAAGUUGAAAGUGCUUCACGCCCCGCUGCAGGUCUUGCUGUGUGGCUGCUUCCUCCUCUUCAUGGUGCCAGUGGCAUGUGGGCUCUUCCCUCAGGAAUGUGAAUUACCAGUUUCCUAUCUAGAGCCAGAGCUACAGAACACCAUCAAGGCCAAGUAUGGAGAACAAGUCCUUUUUGCCUACUUUAAUAAGGGUCUCUAAGUGCUCCGUGCCUGCAAGGACCAGUUCACACGCCGUGUGGACCAGCUUUUCCCCUGGCAACUGUACAUACCUGUGUCUACAUUCCUCUUUGAGAUAAGGUCUGAAAGCCAGGCUGGGAAAUGGUGGGUGGGGAGGUGGCUCCUGUUUCCAUGUAAGCACCUAACUUAUUGGACUCCAGAGGACAAAAUUCAAAAGGGGAUCACGGUGGCUGGGGAUAUAGCGUGGUUGGGAGUGUCUGCCCAGCGUUCACAAAGCUUUGGAUUCAGAUCUUUGCACCCGUAUGAUUCAGGCAUAGUUUUCUAUGCUCGUGAUCCCUGUACUUGAGAGGUGGAUGCAAGAGGAUUCGAAGUUCAAGGUCAGGCAGUGGUGGCACACACCUUUAACCUCAGGAGGCAGAGGCAGGCAGAUCUCUGAGUUUGAGGCCAGCCUGGUCUACAGAGCUAAUUCCAGGACAGCCAGGGCUACACAGAGAAACUUUGUCUCAAAAAAAAAAAAAAAAGAAAAGAAAAACAAAACAAACAAAAAACCCAACCACAAAAAACAAAAACAACUACCAAAAAAAAAACAAACAAAAAAAGCACACCCCCUCCCCCCAAACAAGAGCAAAGUCUGCUUUGUCCUUGACCCUUGUCCCUGAGGACCAGAAGCUGAGGCCUUCUCAGCAGAGGUUGCUGGUGUUGGGAGAUGCACACACAGUUUAGAGUAAUUAGGAAGCGUGUGAUUCUUGUCCAGUCAGGACAGAGGAUGCACCAAUCCCUUCCUCUUCUCCACUUCCUCCUUCGUAAGCAAGGGAAACGUUUACCUGCGUGAUUCUUAUAAAAGGCUUUUUAUUAUUAUUUUUUUUAAUAUUUUAUGGGUAUGGGUGUCUUGCCUUCAUGUAUGUCUCUGCACACAGAGGUCAGAGAACAUGUCAGACCCUCUGAAACUGGAGUUACCGCUGUGAGCCAUCGUGUGGUUGCUGGAAAUCAAACCCUGGUCCUCUGGGAGAGCAGCCACUGCUCUUAACCACUGAGCCAUCUCUCCAGCUCCCUAUUCAGGAAGAGAAGAAGGAGCCAUGGGAAUCCUCUUGGGAACUCCUCUCUACCCUUCCCCAUUGUGCCCUGACUGGGCUGUCUCAUUGGGAAAGCUGCUAGAUUUGAGUUUUUCAGGCUCUUGGAGUUAUUUGUACAAAAAAAGGACAAACAAGCAACAAAACGAAACAAAAAAAGUCAAAAAAUCAUGGACAAUGAGUUCCUUUCCUCAGCCCACUGGGUCUCACACCAAAGAGACUGGAGUGUACUGAGAGGACAGAGACCUCUGAGUGGGAAUCCACCAGGACCACAGCCUUAAAAGUGUGUGUGUAUUUGGGGUUGGGGGGGGUGUUCAGGGCAGCAUCCACCUUUAAUCCUGCAUUCAGGAGGCAGAGACAGGUGAACCUCUGAGUUCAGGGGCAGCCUGGUCUACACAAUGAGUUCCAGGACAGCCAGUGCUACACAGAGAAACCCUGUCUUAAAAAAAACAAAAACAAAAAACGGGAAAAAAUGUACAGUCAAACAGUCAUUUUACCAAAGUUAUGUGGGACAUCAAGUUCUACCCCUUUGAAAAUGACCAUUCUGUCUUAAAAUCAUGUCCAAAUCUACUUCCGGGACCUUUAGCUGAGAGGUCUCUUCUCGUGGCCUUCUCUAUUUUACAAGCCAAGCCCCUCACUGUGAGGGAAGUCACCUGCCACAUAUUCAGUUUCCUGCUGGCUUUCCUCCCUCAGCCUUUAGGUCACAUUCCAAAGAGAAUGCCAGUGCCAAUGGUACGGGGCUUCAUUUGGUCACCUCAGAGAGGAAGUCCACCAGGACCAACAAACCCUUGGGGGGCUGGUUUACCUGGGGUCAGUGGGUAUAUGUGUUUCGUCUGCCAAGAUUGCUGAUCCUGUUCAAAUGCGCCAUUAUGAACUGAAUAAAUGAUUUGAGAGAACAC